CAGGUGCAGUUUCCGAAGAAAUUGUCCGAACUGCAUGAACAUUGCACCCGGCCGUUCCUCGUUCGCCGGAACAGAGGAGACACCGGCGGCUCAUUCAGGCCUGCUUAUGCUCGAGGCCUUUCGUGGCGCACUCGUUAUUUUGAAGGACGUAAGGGGGCAUUUCAUUUGCCUGCCUGCUAGUUAGCAUGUAAAAGCAGCAAAGUAGCAACUUGGGAAGAAGCGCAGGAGGGAGGAGGACGACGAGGAAAGGCUUAGCAUAAGGAGCAGACAAGGAGGGCGCAAAUGUGUAGGGUGUGAAGGAGGAAAUACUCUAAAAAGGCGAGUCCUGCUGUCUGGCUGCUGGUGCUGUUGAAGAGAGAGAGGGAGAGAGAUGCUGCAAAUCGGCCAUGGUGGUACCAAGCACCAGGCACUCAUGGCCGUCCACAUGUUUGCCGACAGAAGCAAAGCUUAGAAAUUUCAUGAGGCUUCUCUUCUCAUGCACCUGCUCCCUCCUUGUCCUUUCCCUCUCUUCUUCUUCCUAGCGGUCAUCCCAUAUAAAUACCAAGAGGGUUGGUGGAUCGCUACUUAGAGAGUGUGCAGAGAGAAAGAAGGAGACAGAGGUUCUGACUAAAAGUUGGAAGCGAAAGGCUCGAUUAUUUCUUGCUCAAAUCAGAGGCCGAGUCUCUUUCAAUUCCCAGGACAACAAACUACCAUUAUAAAACCUUUGGAGUCAGGAUUUUCCAAAUGGAGAGGAGGAGGGAUUUCUUCUCGAGAGUGUCCCAGAGGAGUUCAAGGAAGAAGGGCGACGAAGAAGGCACAGAAUCGCCAAUUCCUCAGCCGGAAACUCCCAAGGAGCCUAUGGAGUUUUUGGCGAGAUCUUGGAGCGUCUCCGCCGUCGAACUCUCCAAAGCUCUGCAAGAGAAGAAGAAAUCUUUCCUGGAGAGGAAGACGGAGUUCAUCACAGACAAGAUCCUGAUGCGCCCCGGAAGCCGUGGACAUGGGCAAAGGGGUGAGCUUGGGAGGUCGCCAUCGUCCACUCAUCGACCCUCAGGAGAGUUCUCUCCCAGUCCUUCCAUGGCUGAACAUCGAGAGCUAAAGCCGUUGGUCGUUCUCGGGCAUGCACUUGAUGCGGAGGCAGCAAUCUUGAAAUCAGACCGACCUCUCAGUAAUGCGUUCUGCAAGACGCUCAACUCAAUGAGGGCGCACCGUGCCAACGCCGGCAAAUGGUUCGCGGGCAAGAAGUCGAGGGAGAGGAAGCGCGAAAAGGCGCGAGCCCACAACGCCCACGUCCACGCCGCGCUCUCUGUGGCGGGAGUGGCCGCGGCCGUCGCGGCGGUGGCUGCAGCAGAGAACGCCUCCGCCGGGGACUCCGGGGAGAAGGCAAGGACCGCGAUGGCGUCGGCUACCGCCCUCGUGGCGUCGCACUGCGUCGAGAUCGCGGAGUCGAUCGGCGCCGAUCGCGACCGGAUCGCUGCGGUCGUCAACUCCGCCGUCAAUGUCAAGACGCCCGGCGACCUCAUGACGCUUACCGCCGGUGCCGCGACAGCAUUGAGAGCAGCAGCAGCACUGAAAGCUAGAGUUCACAAAGAGGCACGGAGCAAUGCCUCCAUUAUCCCAUUCGAUAAGGGAGUGGCUCAGACGCCCGCUGUCACGCCGUCGGCAGCAACUUCAGGCCGCCGGCUGAGCGAGGCCGAAAGAAGCGGCGUCAGCUCCCGCGUCAUCCACGGAGAAUUGCUCAAAAGAACCAGAAAAGAUCUUCAGUUUAAGAGGGGAUCGUCUAAAGCACUGUUUGAUGCAGGGUCGUUUCAUAAGAAGCGGGUCUCUGUCUACAUGAACCAAAACACAGAGGUCAUGGUGAAACUCAAGAGUACACACAUCGGCAGGGCCUUUUCAAAAGAUAAAAAGAGUAUUGUGUAUGGAAUCUCCGAUGACAUUCCCACAUGGCCAGGAAGAAGCAGAAGAAUCAGUGGUGAAAGGAGAUGUUAUUUUAGCUUAAAAACAGGCGGAGAAGUCCUGCACUUUGAGUGUCACAACGAGGAAGCAAAGCAGAAAUGGGUCGGCGGCAUUCAGGAUUUGCUUGUGCGAGCUGGUAAAAUACAGCCACCCACAGAAUUCGAUAUGUAAAUUCUAUCACCAAAAAUAAUAUGGUCAGAUAGUACUAAUGUACUUCAGGUAACAUAUAUAUAGCAGUAUACGAUGCAUAUAUGGAAGAGGCAUAAAUUGUUCUAUUGAUCUCAAUAUGGACAACGCAUACAUUUGGGCAAGAACAGUAGGCCCUUCCUGCAGCUGUAAUGAACCUUAUGGUCAGUGAAUCAAUUUAAUAAACUAUAAACAUCAUUUUGGACA